UCAAAGAAUUUCUGCGAUUUUUUAUCUAUCUAUCUAUCAUACCUUCAUAUCUAAUAUCUCUGCAAAAGAAUAAUCUUAACAAUUUUCUUGUUGUUUUUAGUUCUAAAUUACAUCCAUACAAAUUUUGUGUUUUUUAAAUUUUGUUAAAAUUAAUUUUGUUACUUUGUUUGUUGGUGAUUUCAAAUUAUCGUGUCGAGUGGAAAAUACAAAUUUAAAAUAAUAAUGGCUAACCAAUUGGAAUUUCUAAUGCAGCUCUACAUGAUGAAUUUAAUUCAACAACAACAGCAACAAUUAAUUCAACAACAAACUUUACAACAACAAAAUAAGGAUAUUACAACAACUGCAGCAGCAGCAACAACAACAACAUCAAUUGCAAAUGCUGCUGAUUUUGCUUCUUUGAUGUUGAAAAAACAACCAUUACAACAAGAACAACAUCAAAGUCCUAACAAUUGUAGUAGUAGUGCAAGUAGUUGUAGUAAUAGUAGUAUUAGUAGUAAUAUCAUUAACACUACUAGUGAUAAUGAUAAUUAUUUUAAUACACAUAAUAAUAGUGCAUUACAACAACAAUUGAUUUAUAAUAAUUCUAUUAAUAAUCCUGUUAAUUUUUCAAAAAGUUUCCUUCAAUCAUCAACAGUGACAUCUACACCUCAAGAAAAAGUGACAACAACUUCAAUAAGUGACAUUUAUGACAAUGUGAUGGUGACACGAAGUGAUAAAAACUCUACACAACCGGUGACAUUGAUGACAGCUACUGAUGCGGAAGCGGAUAUCGAAGAAGAAGAGCCAUUACUUUCAACAGGAACUUCCAGUUGUACAAGUAGUGGAGAUGGGCCGGUUUUAGAAACUACUGACUCAUUUUCAUCUCCAUUAACGCCUAUAACUCCGAUGAAACAAGGAUAUGUGUUGUCAUCUUCGAGAUCGACAAGUGCACAAGAUAUUUCAGAGGAUAAUACAAAAUCACUUAAUAUGUUUGCGGAUAGUGAAGAUUCAAGCUAUUCUCAAAAAAUCUUAAAGACAUCAUCGGAUACGGGUGUGGGAGAUGAAAUGGCGGAAUCGAAUCGAGUGGCAGUUAAAAUUGAAACCAAUUGUGUGAACUUGGAUUCAAUCAACGCAUCGAAUGGAAGUGGAAGUGCGGAAAGCAUUUUGCAAAAUGAAGAAAGUUUAAAGCACUUGAAAAAAUUCCCAUCAUAUUUGGAGUGUGAAAGUCUUACGUGCCGUCAAGAACACAUUCGUGAGCACUUUCAUUGCUAUGACCAACCGUGUUGUGGAAAAGUUCUUACCAAAAGAGACGAAAUAAUUCGUCAUCUUAAAUGGCAUAAGAAACGAAAGGAAAGUCUUGCGUAUGGUUUCUUACGUUUUUCUUCGUCCGAUGAUUGCUCGCAAUCCUUUAAUCCUGGAUGUAUUUACAAUUGGAAACAAACUCACUACCAUUGUGUGGAAGAAGGUUGUCCAAAAGUCUAUGUUAGCACAAGUGAUGUACAGAUGCAUGCAAAUUAUCAUCGAAAGAAUUCAGAAAUAAUCCAAGAGGGUUUUAAGCGUUUUAGAGCGAUCGAGGACUGCAAAACAGAGAGCUGUCCAUUUUAUGAAAAGAAAACAUCGCACUACCACUGUCGAAGGGAGAAUUGUCAAUUCACUUUCAAGAACAAAGCUGAUAUGGAAAAACACAAGUCCUAUCACUUACGCGAUGAACGUCUUACCCAGGAUGGUUUUAAGAAAAUUCUCAAAACCGAAGCCUGCCCUUUCGAGAAUUGCCGGUUCUCAAAUGUUUGUAAUCAUAUUCACUGUGUUCGUGAGAACUGCAACUAUAUUCUACACUCAAGCAGUCAACUUGUGAGUCACAAGCGAAAACAUGACCGCCUGGAUGGAGAACAAGCUUAUAACAAUUUCAAACGGGCCAAAAAGGACAGCAGCGAAGAUGAUUCGCCGAAAUCUUCCACACAAACCGAUGUUUCGACACCUUUGUCCUCUUUAACAGCUGAGUCAAAUAACUUUCAAUUUUUGGCCAGAAAACGUGGCAGGCCACCAAAGAAAAUUCAAUUAUCCAAUGAGGCAAAGAAGACGAAAAUGGAACCAUUAGAGCAAACGACAACGACUUGCAUGCCACCAAUUGGUCUCCCAUUUCCACCAUUUCUACCCCAUAUGAAUAGUAAUUCGCAGGAUGGAAUUUCAACACCUAAUUUCCAGCUUACUCACUUAAUGGCUAUGUUCCAAUUACAGAAUCCAUUAUUCUAUCAAAAUCUUUAUCCAGAAGGUCUUUUCGGUUUAGGAGGAAGUGUGGGAGCUUUGGGUUUACCAUCACAAAAUUCCAUCUUCCCAACACCAGCUUCUACUCCAGCUCAAUCUUUUGUUAAGAGUGAAAAAAAGCAAAGCGAUUGAACUUGAAAUUCAAUAUUAUUCCCAAUAGAGGAACUAUGGUGUAGCCUGAACAAGAAUGUUGGAUUAUAACCCAUAACUCCCAUAUAAGAGUUCUUGAGGCCGCCGAUAUAUGCUUUCAAAGAAGUAGACUUCUACAAAGCUAAGGUCUAGAGUAAAUAAGAUAGAAAAAUAGGCCUUAAGUGGAAAUAGUAUCGGUACAAAUACGUUAGAGUGCAUAUUUGGUAUCCUACGAUUUUGAUUACCUCUAAAGUUUUCCUUAAAUCAGUCCUAAAUGCUCCCUAAUGUAUUUAAAAAAAAAUUAUAAAUGAUAAAUGAAUAAAGGUGAAAUUAUGUAUUUAAACUUUUUUGAUAAAUGACAAGUUUAAAUUUUUUCUGCUUGCUAUUCUAAAAAAUUUAGUCCUCUUUUCAUUUAUCAAAAGACUUUAAACACAACAAAAACACCAACUUGUUUUUUUUUUUUAAUAAUAAAAUUUUGUCUGUGAUUUUUUUGUAGUGCUCACAUUAGAAAAAUAAAUCUAUUUUUA